AUGGUCGUCAGCAUUGAGAACGUUCGUACUUCAAAACCUGCUCCAGAAACUGUUUUGAAGAGAAGAAAGAGACUUCAAGCUCACACUGAGGAAAGAUCCAAACUCGCUUUCGAAAGAAAGAAGAAGCUCCUCGCUUUGAGAAAGAAGGCUUUGAAGAGAGCUGAAAAGUUCGCCAAGGAAUAUAAACAAAAGGAAGCUAACAUUAAAGCUGCUCACGACCAAGCUGCCAAGAUUGGUUCUUUGUAUGUUGAACCACAAGCUAAAUUGGCCUUCGUCAUCAGAAUCAGAGGUAUUAAGAGUGUUGCUCCAAAGGUCAAGAAGGCUCUCCAACUUUUGAGACUCAGACAAAUUAACAAUGGUGUCUUUGUUAGAUUGAACAAGGCUACUCUCAACUUGUUGAAGCUUGUUGAACCAUUCGUUGCAUGGGGAUAUCCAUCCUUGUCUACUGUCAAGCAACUCAUCUACAAGAGAGGUUGUUUGAAUAUCAAUGGUGACAGAAAGCCAAUCACCAGCAACGUUCAAAUUGAAGACAAGUUGGGAACCAGCGAUAUUGUCUGCGUUGAAGAUUUGAUUCACGAAAUUUACACUGUCGGACCAAACUUCAAGGCUGCUGCUAACUUCUUGUGGCCUUUCAAGUUGCAACAUCCAAAGGGUGGUUAUGAAACUAUCAAGAAGCACUUCAUCUUGGGUGGUUCAUUCGGUAACAGAGAAGAAUACAUUAACCAAUUGGUCAAGAAGAUGUUGUAA